UCCUCAGGAUUCUUCAGUCAGAUUCAGCUCUCUUCAUCCUAUCUAGAGCCUGAUUUCUUCUCUAUUGACAUGGUCUUCUCCCUGCCAAGCCCCUGAUCAUCACACAUCUUACCUCAUCCUUCCCUCUGGAUUUCAUCCCAUCCUGAGUAGGAUCCCCGAAUUAAAGGAUAAUCGUCUAUUAUACCCUCCUUUUACUCUCAAUCAUUGAUCGACAUUCUCAUUUCCCCGCUCAAAAAUGAACGUAAUCGAGAUCAUCGAUGAUGGCCAGCUCGAGACCAGAGAUGACCGCAGCGAGACAAUUGAUUUCGAAGACGGGGAUUCUGUCCGCCAAGUUGUCGAUCUAACAGAAGAUGAGGUACUCUCGCUCACCGAAGACGACUACUUAACAGAUGCCGGCUUUGAACAACUGCUCUUAGGCUGGGGAUCGGAAACCCGGACCGGCGCAGCAAACGCUCAAAGAACAGACGAGGUUUGCGUUGACGGCAUCCUAUACCGCACAGGCCAGUCUCUUCAGCUCUCGCGCGGAAGAUACCUACGAAUCCGCUCAGUUAUUCAAUACUCUGAUGGGGAGAUCUUUUUUCAAGGCUGGAACAUGAUAAAGACCCGCAGACAUGUUGAAAUUUAUAUCCCUAAAGGCGGAAACUGGGAGCACGAGCUACUGUGGCUUGAGAAUGCAAACGAUGAACAGAUUAGUUUAACGGAAGUGCAAAAGAUCGUGACAAUCCAUUUCACUAAUUACUGCGAUAUCGCGAGCGACCCCCACAGAGGUUUGAUCUGUCGCCUGAAGGAGAGGAGGCUGAGCAAGAGUCAAGCCUCAGUCCAAUACAUCUCAGCCCAUGAAGCCGAUGAAGGGUUUAGAUGGCAGCCCAGAGACCUGCGUAACCUGUGGAGGGGUGAAACCCGCCCUUUUGGAGAUGCCGUCAGAUUUACCGAGAAGUUCUCCCAAGGCGUGGCCGAUAGUUUAAUGGAACCAGGCGAUGCAGAUGAAGACACGAAAAGAGCCCGUUGGUAUACAUUUGGUGACGGCUUCUGCGGCGCUGGAGGAGUCUCCUGCGGUGCCAAUCAGGCAGGACUAGAAAUCAAGUGGGCAUUUGAUGCGUCCCAUCACGCAACAACUACAUAUCGACUGAAUUUUGAAAAUGCAGUAUGCGAGCUAGGUACCAUCGAUUCUUUCCUCACUAAUUACAAGCAUUUCCAGAAGGUCGAUGUCAGCCACGGAUCUCCGCCUUGCCAGACAUUUUCGCCAGCUCACACGAGGGAGGGCCAGAAUGACGAUAAGAAUUCAGCGUGCAUCUUCUCUUGUUCAGACCUGAUAAAGACAGCCAAACCAAGAGUCCACACAAUGGAAGAAACUGCCGGUCUUUUUAAUCGACAUAAAGAGACUUUUGAUCGUGUUAUCUUGGACUUUAUCGAGAUAGGAUACUCGGUGCGGUGGGGAAUUUUGAACUGCGCAAGUUAUGGAAUCCCUCAGUCUCGGAAAAGACUGGUGAUCAUUGCUUCGGGGCCUGGAGAAGUACUUCCAAUGUUUCCAGAACCCACACAUGGUCCUGGGCUAAAGCCAUGGACCACUAUCAACCAGGCAAUCGGUCACAUUCCUAUCCGAGCCCCUGACCACAAUAUUCAAGCAGCUUCCGCCGGUUGGGCCCCAAGGAUGCCAUAUGACGGAAAUGGACAGGCAAACACGAUUACUUGUGGGGGUGGAGACGCGAACAAGAAUUACCACCCCUCUGGUGAACGACGAUUUACCAAGCGCGAAUUCGCCUGUCUCCAAACUUUUCCACUGGGGUUUCGCUUCGGACCUGUCCAGACUCUCAGGCAGAUAGGAAACGCCGUUCCUCCGGCGCUCGCCCGGGUUUUAUAUGGGGAGAUCAUCCGGUCACUGCAGCAAACGGACGAGGUUGAGAUGCGACAGCUACGGGAGGGCUGAAAUUCCUGUGUCUGCAAUGGAUUGAUUCAGGGCGAAUGGAAUGCGGCG